CACUCAGGUCUGCUGCUCCGGAAGGGGGCCCGCGGCCCUCACCCGGGAAGGAGGGCGGCAGUGGUGCGGUGCUUGGAGGCUUUGCCUGGGGGUCUUCAGCGGACCGCCAGGCCCCUGUUUGGCAUCUAGUACAGCACUAUGCUGCUGGCAGCUGUUUAGGUCGAGAUCACGUUUUAGAAAUCUCAUUGGCUGCAAGUACUGGGCUGUUGAGAGCCCCAAAGACUCAGAAUAUGCCAGGGAAGUGGAGUCUAAGAAACUCCACUCCAUUCCAAAGGAACACGGAAUGACCACCAAUCGCAUCAUUGAUUCCAACUCUGGAAUAUUCCAUUGUCACUUUUCCAGACAACAAGAACCGCAUGGAUAUCAGGGGAUCCAGGAACUUUCCAGGGGGAUGCAGAGGCCGAGGGGAUCCGGCAGUGGAGUGCAAGGACCAGACACCCCCGCAAUGACCAGUUCCCCUGUCUCCAGAGUCGUCUACAACGGCAAGAGGAACAGUAGCCCCCGCUCUCCCCCCAACAGCAGCGAGAUCUUCACCCCAGCCCACGAGGAGAAUGUGCGCUUCAUUUACGAAGCCUGGCAGGGCGUGGAGCGAGACCUGCGGAGCCAGAUGUCAGGCAGUGAGCGGGGCCUGGUGGAGGAGUACGUGGAGAAGGUCCCCAACCCCAGCCUGAAGACCUUCAAGCCCAUCGACCUGAGUGACCUGAAGCGCCGGAACACGCAGGACACCAAGAAGUCCUAAAGCGUGCCGUGCCCCUCCCCUGGCCUCUGGGAGAUUGGGGUGCAGCUUGAUGUUGGUCUCCUCCUCUCCUGUGGGCCCAGCUCCUGGGAGGGGGAGGGGGCGGUGCUCCCGGUGGGCCACAAACCCCAGGACCAGGAUGGGCAUGAUUGAUGGCCGAGGCCUGCCCCUUCUCCUCGAGCCCCCUCCUUUCCUCUCGAGGGAUCUCAAGCUGCCCCCUAUCAUUGGGAGGGUCUGGGCCCUGCCAGGCCUUGCCUGCCCCCAGGCCUAGCUGCAUCUUUGGAGCUGCCUGGCCCUGCCUGCCCCCCAGGGCCUUAACCCUGACUCUCCUCCCUUUCCCAUCACCUUCCACUGCCUCCGUCCCCCUACUCCUGGCCACUUCCAGGGUCAGGACGGAGACAAGGGGGCCUCCCUUGUCUCCUGGGCUGGUGGGACUGGGCCGAGUUUGUCGUGAGAUGGCCAGGAGGCAGGACAAAGGUGGCCCCACCUGUAGCCAGUGUGGGUCCCCCACCGACUCCUGCUGCUUCUGUGGCUUGGACAUGUUGGGGAGCAUCUAACCCCAUACCCCCCACUGUCCAGCCUGGCCCUUUUCUUCCCUGCAUCAACUUCAGGAUGCCACCAGCUCUCAGGGCCUGGGACACUGCUGGGCGCCCCCUCAAAGGGGUCCUGGACAACCAGGCACGGCCCCCUGGUGUCUGCAGCCCUGUGGCUACAGUAGCCCCUUAGGCAGGGACAUGGAGCUAACCCUGAGCUGGUGAGACUGCCCGGUGGGCCCUGGCUCUGUGCAGUGUGCUGGGAGGGUCACCAGGGCCCCUUUUUCUUCCUGUGCCCUUCAAAAGCCAAGUGUCUGCGAUGGAGUCUGAGAACCAGUGAAUAAAGGCAGGUGGCACUGGA